AUCGAAGAUUUCCGCAAGCGCCUCAAAGAAAAAGAGGGACUCCUUGAAAAGAAGACAAAACUCCUGGGGACAAAUGCCACCAGUAAACGUCAACUUGAAACAGAAGUCACGGAACUAAAAGACCAAAUUGAUCUUAAGGAAAGGAAGAUCUCCCUGCUGCAGCGAAAAAUUGAAAAUUUGGAGGAAUUAGUGACCGAAAAGGAAUCACAGCUAGCAGGCGCAAAGUCUCGGCUUUCGCGACUGAACACUGAAAAGACAGGCUCCGACGGCUCCAAGGCCAACCUCGAGGAAACUCUUAAAGAGAAAGACCGACAAAUUGAACGCCUCAAAGAGAGCCUUCAACGACUAGAAAAUGAUACAAACGAGGAGGUUGAAUCGCAGAAACGUCUCCAAUCGGAACUCCGCUCUAGACUAGACGCUGCACUACGUGAUCUGGAUGAGAAGACGUCUCAGUUGGCCGAACUGCGCGAGGAAAUGGCUCAGUUGCGUAGCGUGCGGUACAAGCGUGAUACCGAAAUCAGCCAAUUGCAAUCCCAGCUCGGUCAACGAGAUGCUGAAAUAUCAUCCCUGAAGAUGGAAAAACAGAUGCUUCAGAAGCAAGUAACAACUGAAUCAGAAAUGAAAUAUUCGAAGAUAGUCUCCGAUCUCGAGGGUCAAGUGAAUCACUACAUGGAGUCGGCGUCCAAACUACAGACAGAGGUUGAUCGCCUUCUCAGCAUGAUCAGAAAUUCGGAUUCGGAGAAGCUGGACAAAGAUAAUCAGAUACAUGAGCUUGAGGAGCAACUUCACGACGCCCAAAAUCAGAUUAGCAGCUUGAAGAGGGCGCAGCAGAUGGAUCGAAAGAAGAACGCACAAUUCUUGGACGAAGCUCGUCAACGAGCAGACAAUAUUCAAUCUGACGCUGAAGUUCUAAAGAAUAUGAUGUCAGAGAAGGAGGUUCGCAUUCGAGAGCUUGAACAGGCCCUACGGGAGAGCGUUCGCCUCACUGCCGAAAGAGAAGCACAUGUAGCGAGUAGAGAGGAUUCGACUCGCCAACUGGAACAACAGAUUCGUGAAUUGCGGUCAAACGUCGAGCAUCUACAGAGAGAAAGAAACAAUUUGUCGGCCCAACUUGCAAAUCAACAAGAGGAGCUUCGCGAUCGAGAAAGUCAACUGAAGAAUCUUGAAUCAGACUGCUUCCAGGGCUAUAUUCCGGAGUUGGAGAAACUGCGUCGUGCAAAUCAAGACGCCAACCUGAAGAUUGCUGCUCUCAUCAAGCUAGUCCAUGGUCAUGAGGACCACCUGACGGAACAAGAUAGAUCAGUGUUGGCCACUAUUCCGAUGUUCCCCGGAUACGCCACGAAGGGCGCCCUCGGUGCGAAGUUACACACACGCACCUGGGGAACUACUUCCGGGUCGGUGCCCAACGUUGGUCUUCUGGCGCCUGGCAUCGGUGGAACAGCCGGAGGUGCCGCAGCG